AUGAACCACAAAGGUUACAGCGGCAUUGAGUGGCCAAGCGAAGCCACCAUACGCGAGAGGGCCAAGAAGAACAACACUGUGGAUUUUGUACAGAGAGUUUUCUACAAUGCAGGCGUUGUAGUGUCGUUGGUUUACGUUAUCAUAGUCUCAAUUAUUGAGCCUCUUCUUCGCUCACAGUUCAACCAACGACUGCAGCUGAGCGCGGAUAUGCUUAUUCGGGUUAGAAAGUUCGUGAGCUUGCUAGAACAGCGACUGAAAUCAACAUCUAUCAGUGCGAUAGGAUUCAAUGAAAAGGUAGAUCCCGAGAGCUGCGUUUCUACAAUCGAAAGGUGCACGCAAACUGAAGAAUUGCUUGAAUCAAGCGGCGUAGAGGAGAAAGCCACCGAAUGGACUAAAAUCAUCGCGAGACUUCGGUAUGCUCGAGAAAUGUUAAGCAGAGCUAACGAGGGAAAAAACGACAACAAUGCUUCGGGCCGGAUCACACCCUUGAAGUUCCAAGCGCAAUCCUUAAGCGCAUACAUCUCAAGUCUUGAUACGCGCGACGAGACAUUCAGGAACCACAAGAAUAGUGUUCAGGCGAUCAGGGAUAUGAAGGGCUGGGUUAUUAACGGAAGAGUGCGUUAG